AUGCAGUACACAGACGCGGUCAUCUCCAUCCCCACGGGCCAGCUGCACAGCGGCUGCCGACCUGGGGCGGCAGGGCCACCCACCUCCCAGUCUCCGGACCGCGAGGUAGGCGCGGAGUCCCCGGGCCGGACCGGCCGGGGCCCGGCGCAGGGCACGCCCCUCCGCGCCGGGGUCAGCCGCGCCGCGCCGCGCCGGCGGCCGGGGCCGCCCAGCCCGACCGCGCGGCUCUGUCAGCUCCCCAGGCUGCGCCACGGUCGCCCGGGGGACCGGGGCUCAGAGCGCCCGCGCGCGUCCUCCGGCCCACCCCGGGGGCUUCCCUCUCAUCCUCGAUACCCCGCACUCUCUACUCCGAGGAGACUCGUUACCUGCGCUCCCAGCCAUUCCGGCCCGGAUCCCGGCGCCCACGUGAUCCCGCCCCUGGCCAGGCCUUACGCACGCGCAGUACUCGGCCACUACCAGCCACGCUUCCGCUUUCUUCCAGCCGCCGGGUUCUCUCCGGGGCGGUCCGGGCCUCUACACCUCGCCCCUAUUUAA